CUCUCACUGUGUGAAUGCAAGUCAGCCGGCGAACCAGUCAGCGAGAGAGGAAAAGUGUGUGAGGGUGUGAGGUCCAGAGUCUGUGCUUGUGUUUGCUUGUGUUCGUGUGUGUUUGUGUGUGUGUGUGUGUGUGUGUGUGUGUGUGUGUGUAUGUGUUACAGUGAGAUAGAGAGAGAGAGGCAGUCUCUGUCGGUGCAGGAGAAGCCAGGCAGCCGGUGCAGUUUUUUAAAGUGAACGACACAUCCUGCUCUGCUCCUCUGCCUCUAUUUGGAUUAUACCACUAACGGGGACUCACCCUUUGGACUAUCCUGACUCUUCCUCCUCCUCUUGCCUUUGAAGGGAACACCUGUGUGGUGUGUGUGUGUGUGUGUGUGUGUGUGUGCGUGUGUGUGAGAGAGAGCCAAGACAACGGACUUAGCCCUGGUGAACAGGGCGAGUGGAUGACUUCAGUGGAUGAGGGUUUGGCUGGUGGAAAGAGGGGGACUGCUGACCAUGGACUCCCCUCACUAGUGAACGGGGGCGGUGAGGUGGAGCGGGCUUGUCCGGUCAUCAUGUGCACACGGGCCUAUCCUGACCCCGUCCCUGAGUGCCAACUGUUCCCGGGAGAGGUGGAGGAGGCUGAGGAGGAGGUGGCAGACGAAGGCAGGGAGAGGGAAUCAGACAGAGACAGUGCCGUGGAAAGCACUCAAGGGUCUGACACGUCAGACGGGCUGAGCAGACCAGGGGACAAGGAGGAAUCGCUGGGGGAUCUCUUUUUCCCUGGGGACAAGUGUGGUCACACCAGUAUCUCAGUGACCUCUGACCUAUCAACGCGUUCUUCAGCUUCUCUGAACGAGGAGCAGUUUGAGGACUACGGAGAAGGGGAGGAACCAGACUACGCUCCCAGCAGCCCCUGCCCGGACGACGAGACUCGUACCAACGGAUACUCCGACCUUGGCUCAUCUGUUCCCUCUAGUGCGGGCCAAACUCCUCGUAAGGUGCGUCAGCAUUACACUGGUGAACCAAUGGACGUCUUCUGUUCUCAGUGCAGCAAAAAGGUCAACCUGCUAAAUGACCUGGAGGCUCGCCUGAAAAACCUCAAGGCUAAUAGCCCCAACAGGAAAAUCUCCAGCACUGCUUUUGGAAGGCAGCUGCUUCACAACAGCAACUUAAGCAGCAGUAACGGCAGUACAGAAGACCUUUUCCGAGACAGCAUCGACUCCUGUGACAUCGACAUCAAUGAGAAGGUGAGUUCUCUGGAGAAGAAAGUGGCAGAACUCGAGAAUGAGAUUCUGAUGAACGGCGAUCUCAAGUCCAAGCUGAAGCAGGAUAACACACAACUAGUACACAGGGUUCAUGAACUGGAGGAGCAGCUGAAAGACCAGGAGACACGUGCAGAACAAAAUCUGCAGGAGACCCUAAAACGACACAGAGAGGCCUACAGCAAGAUGGAGAGAGACAAGAACAUACAGAUAGAGCUGCUGACCAAUCGAGUUAAGGUGCUGGAGGAGGAGAACACUGACAUUGCUCAAAACAUGUGCCGGCUCAAAUCACAGACAGAGAAACUGGAUGAGGAGAAACAAAGGAUGACAGACAAACUGGAGGACACCAGUUUGCGCCUGAAGGAUGAGAUGGACCUCUAUAGAAAAAUGAUGGACAAACUGAGACAGAACAGACACCAGUUCCAGAAAGAAAAGGAUGACAUGCAGGAGCUGAUAGAGGACCUGCGUCGAGAGCUGGAGCAUUUGCAGCUUUUCAAGCUGGAGACAGAGAGGCCUGGCCGCAGUCGCAGCUCUUCCUCUGGGCUGGCAGACUUCAACAGCAGGACCAGGGAGGUGGAGCUAGAGCAUGAGGUCAAGAGGCUCAAGCAGCGAUUUGUGUCCCAGGACUUUCUUCCCCCUGAAUUCCAGCACCUGGUGUUGUCUGGGGCUCGGCUCCGUCCUGGUCUGAUGGAGAACCAGAAGCUGAGGGAGCAGAAUGAUGAGCUUAACGGUCAGAUCCUCAGCCUCAGUCUACAUGAAGCCAAGACCCUGUUUGCCACACAGACCAAGGCCCAGUCUCUAGCCGCUGAGAUAGAGAAUGCCUCCAGAGACCAGUUAAUGGAAGCCCUGAAGGAGCAGGAAGAAAUUAACUUGCGUCUGCGUCAGUACAUGGACAAAAUCAUCCUGUCCAUCUUGGACCACAACCCUUCCAUCCUGGAGAUCAAGAACUAGCAGUGACUCAGCUGGAAUGAGAAUUGUUCCCGGUCUCAGGAGAAUGAGGAUCAUUCCAGUUGUUUGAUCUGAACCUGCAACCUGAGUCAGGACUCUGUACAGGAAAGCAGAGAGAACCAGAGGCAGUCCUAGAAACUGGAACAUAUAAAUAGACAUGCAUCACCCCCUGCUGUUUGUGGUGGGAAAUGAACUUCUCUUUCAGAGAAGAAAAGGAUUCUGUGCUGAACUAAAGGGAGUUUUCUCAACCAGUGAUUUCUCUCUGAGUCUGACUGUAAGUCAUACUACUGUGACAACUUGAUCUACCCUUUGCUCUGUUUUUAUUUGUUGUCUAUGCUGUGAACUGUAAUUACUGUCACAACUUUGAACUGGUGAUUUAUUUGCAGGAAUAUCCUGCACUCUACAUGCUUCAAGGAUCGACAGAGUCGCUCACUGUUGUUCACUGGGCAUAAUUUACCUUGGUAUAAAAACUGGGACAAUGUAAUAAACCUGACAUUUAUUGUACUGUAUCCUGGUAUAACACUCGCUGUAAUAUCCACAGACAGACAGUUUGGUAUGAUGUAGAGAGAAACAGUUGUGAGACAGACAAAUAAGUUGGCAGACAGACUGUAAACCUGACUCUCAGAGGCAUGAAGGCGGACCAAUCGAGUGCUGCCGGCCCAUGUUUUGUUCUCUGAGGAAUGCAUGUUGAUGUAUUUGGACUGGCACGCUUUAAGAGAAGAUAGAGAAAAGUGGCAAAAGUGGUCAGAGAAAGAAAACAGUGAGAGUCCCUAUAUCUAUAAGGGGGGAUGAAGAUUUUAAGAAAGAAAAAGAAAAGCAUCAAGAGGUGGGGAGUCAGAUGAUGGACCAUGUUUGCUAGCAAAGCAGGGUUUUAGUGAAGUCGGUGAUGGCUAAUUGAAGGUGAAGAUUUUUGCGUUUUAUGUUUAUUCUUGAGAACAUGUCUUCCAGUAACCUUGCAACUGUGUCAAUCAGUCCAAAAGUGAAGCUUUUUCACUGAGAAGUGGCCCUUAGUUGGUUCAGAUGAGUAGUAGAGCGUCACUUUAUGGAGCAGAAGCUGCAACCAAGGAGUGUCUUUAAACUGUAACUUUCAUGGCUGCUAUUUGCUAGCCAUGUUCGAAAAGUUACACCAUUGCUCGCAAUAGACUCAAUGAUGUUGCACAGAAAUGUACGGAUAUGAAUGUACAGGGUGUGUGGUGGAUUUAUGUGGGUGUGACUGGUAGCCAUUGUAACAUGGUUUACUGAAUCGUCUCUCUAUGCUCAGUGAAAUCAACUCAAAUAUUGUAGGUGAGCAUGCACAGGAGACUCACUUUUUGGGACAAAAGACUGGAUUAGCAAUCUCAUUGAAACCUACAGUUUGUAGAUUGUUUUUAAAGCCCUCUGAAACUCUCUAAUACUAUAAAUAACAUGAAUGUACAACUGGAUAUUUCCCUUUCUGUGUGGCCAAAAAAGGCCUUUUGACUUAAAAUCCCUGUAAUUGGUAAAAGAUACAUUGUAAUUCACAUGCACACAGUAUUGAGUACUGUAAUGAAGAGGGGAUUGUUUGGAGAUAGGAAACAAUCUGCUGUAUUAUGUAAUUAUUCUAAACUUGAGUUUUGCUUCCUUGCACAAAAACAAAACAAAACAAAAACACUUUUUUUCCUUUUGCAUGGUUCACCUUUUCUUCUGUCUGUGCCUUUUGAGGACAUUUUUCAAGAUGACGUUGCUAUAGAUUUACAUAGUUUUUUGAAGCUACAUUCUAUGUCUGACAUUUUCUUGACUUGUAAAUGUUGUAAUUAUACAGUGAUAAUUUGUAUUCAUGUGCCACUCACCACUCUUUUUCAGAUUGAUACUAUGAUAACGAUUUUAUACUGUUUUAUCAAGAAAGAACUUGUGAUUGGUUAGGUGUCCUAUUAGAAAAGCAGUAUAGCACAAUGCUUUGUAUGGUACGCAGGACAGGUCAGCAUUUUGGGAACAUUUUGUCAACGUAAUGAUUUUUUAGUGCAUUGAGGGAUGUUUUAUUGCAUUUCUCAAUUGUUAGUGUCAGUGAGUCUAUUGCUUUAAACUGACUUUUUAUAUGUUGUAAACUGUCUUCCUACCUUAAACUAAAUUGUGAGCAUUGUGAGCAAUAUUAACUUAUUUACAAAUACCUGCUGAUUUGUGUCAUGUUCUGCUUCACAAAUCUUUUCACUCUAGAUCUGCUCGUGCCAUUCUAGAUUUUUUUAAAAUCAGUACAUUAAGCUGUAAAAUUUGUCACAAACUCAUUUCUUGUAGCUUUUAAAUUUUACAUUUAUUGAAUUAUUAGGGCUAUCCAAUAUGAUAUAGUCACUUUAAAUAGCAAUAAAAAUGGCUUUGGCAGUGCUGCUCUCUCUAUCAUUUCAAACUCUGUUUAUUUCUCCUCACUUCCAUUUCCAUGCUAUAAUUUUUUCUUAACAUGAAACCACUUAUUGUAUGCCUACCAUGUACACUGCUGAUGUCAUUAUGUUGUACAUACUUUGCUGUCAAUAAAAAAAAACAUUUAACACGGCA